AUGGCACGUGCAGUCACAGCGGCCCCCGGAUCAUGUCACAGGUGCAGAAUCCGGCCCGGCAUGUUGCCUCUUACUCUCAUUGCACUGCUACUCUGCAGCACUUCCGGUGUCGAAGCCAUAGGCACCCGCCCAACUACUGUAUAUCGUCCCGUUUCCCAAGAUGCAUUUCACCACGCUCGUCAACGAUCUCUACAGCUAGAAGAAUGCGAACCUCUGGAGUGGGUGCCUCAUACCGUGGACGGCCCUGAUUUGGAAGAUCCAUCCGUUCUUUCUCAACUGGCGCGAAUGUCAGGUAAUGCAUAUGCGAUGCCAGACCGCAGUAACUGGUAUCCGCUUGAUGCUGUAUGGAACACGAGUUUUCCUGUCGGCUGGGAAGAGGGAGAAGAAUUCAGAGGUCACGUCUUCAUGAGCUCCGAUAACAGCACAGUUGUUCUUUCGAUAAAGGGUACGACUCUGCAAGGACCAACGUCCAAGCAAGACAAAUUCAACGACAAUCUGUCAGUGGUGAAGAAAGGCUUCAUUGCGAACUACUCAUAUUUUCAGAUUAUUUUCUUGUUGCUGCGCUCGUGUCGAUUUUUCGUGGGUAUUCCGUCAAGGAACAUCCAGUUGGCCUAUUUGCGAUGCGCAGUUCACCAACAGUUGUUAGUGUGCGACUGCUACCGUCCGUCAUGGCGUUGCGAUAAUACCUGUCUGUCCAAGGCCCUCAUUGAAGAUAGCUUGUUCUAUAAUGUUGGGGUUAAACUUGUUAACGAUAUCUUCUUAAUACAUCCCACUGCGAAUGUUUGGCUAGUGGGCCACAGUCUAGGCGGUGCAUUGGCAGCUCUUCUCGGAUCCACAUUUGGUUUGCCUGCAGUCGCCUUCGAAUCUCCUGGCGAGCGUCUUGCGGCUAAGAGACUGCAUUUACCUCUUCCCAUUGGCGAUGGACCCCUCAGCCGAUUCUUCCCAGCCAUUACGCAUGUCUAUCAUACAGCCGAUCCUAUUCCUCAAGGCGCAUGCACUGGAAUCGGGUCUCUCUGCGCACAAGGUGGAUACGCGCUGGAAACUCGAUGUCACCUUGGCAAAUCUAUCGUGUUCGACACAGUCAAUAAACUCAAGUGGAAGGUCGAUGUGAGAAAGCAUGUCAUUAAGAGCGUUAUUCACGACGUUGUUGAAGCUGAAGGGGUCGAGUGGGAGGAGGGGCGUAAGGUCCCCCUUGCACGAACGGAAGAUGACUGUGUGGACUGCUUCAAAUGGGAAUUUGGAGACUAUGAUGCUUUCAACAACUUGGAACCACAAUAG